AUGCUGACCGUCCCAGCUCUGCCAGACACGCCCUCAGAAACCGCCUCCGGAGCCAUGAAGCGAUUGGCGCCGCGCAAAAGUUGCCUGUCAUCUCGACGGCGACUUGCGGUUCUAGCAGCGAUAGCCAGUGCCGCGGUUUAUUCUGGCUACCCGUCGUUUUCUACCGCAGGAGCUCUGGCUGCAUCCUCAGCUGCCACUGGCUGCGCUGUGGACGGCGCAGAAACAACAUGUACUUGCGGUGGACAAGUCGGCGAAACCGGGAAGAACUGGUCCGCCAUUUUGUCGAAAAAAACAAAUAUCCUCACGCUGAAGUGCGGUGAACAGAUGCAGUGUGUGCCUCAAGCGGCGGGGGGUCAUACGGUCUGUUCAGCGACGACUCCCGAACUGGCGUCCUGCAAUCUCGACCUUCACACGCUUCUCGCGGGAGAGACGAGCGAUGUCACGUGGAAAGACUGCUCGGUAGAAAGAAAUGCGACAGGGAAAUGCCUGCAAUUGACUAUUCCCGAGGGAAAUCUGCCCCAUGUGGACGGAAUGUUUGCUGUCGGUUGCACAGGUGCACCGAGGCAACCCGAGAAAUGUAGAGUUGCUGUGACGGUCGAGGCGAGGCCUUCUGUUACAGAGGGACAGACCGUCACAUGUGCCUACGGCGCCAGCAGCAACCCAACCCGUCAAGCCGUGACUCUGAGCCCGACACAGAACAGCUUCACUCUGGUGUGUGGAGACAAGGGAGAGGUGCUGCCGAAGAAUUACGAGGAUGUAUUCUGUUCGUCGGAAUUGAAGGGGGAUCAAGAUGUCUGCAAGGGAGACUACACCUCCAUUCUGCAAGCUUACCAAAAGAACUGGUGGGAGCACGACAAGAAAGCGAACGUCAAUUCGUACAAGCUUUCGAUUCCGGUCGACAAGUUCCCGACGGAGCAGUCAAAGAUUGUGGUCGGAUGUCAGCAGAAGGAGUCCUCGUCCGAGGAGAUGAAAACGACGGAGGACGCGAGUCGCCUGCCUGAGGGAAACAGGAUUCUUGCCAUGGUUCAAGCCGACCAUGGGGCGGCUGCAGGGCGCGCUCGCAACGGUUCUCCUCUCAGAAAACUCUGUAAUCCAGGCAGCAGCGGGAAAGCCAUCACGAGGCGUUUCAAGCCUUCAUCUGAUUGCUUCGGUGCUCGCCUCUUUUCUUCUCGAAAAAAGGAAAAUGUUCUCGAGCAUAUUACCCCCUGGAUUCCAAGUCCCCUUGGCAACGCCGCACAACAAACCCGCAAGUGCAAUGUCGCUGUGACAGUGGAAGCCCGGAAAAGCGAGACAGCCGGUCAGAUUAUCACCUGUGCCUAUGGCGCCAACAGCAAUGAAUCCCGUCAAGCCUUGAUUCUCAACCCAUCCAAGGACAGCUUCACUCUGGUCUGUGGAGAGAAGGGAACGGUGUUGCCGGCGAACUACGAGACAAGUUUUUGCUCAUCGGAUCCAGAGAAGGCGAAGGAGACUUGCGAUGGAGACUACCAGUCGAUUCUGCCGGGAUUCGAGAACGGCUGGUGGAAGAAAGAAGAGCCCACCUCUCCCAACUCGUUCACUUUGUCGAUUCCGGUUGAGGAGUUCCCGAAGGAGCAGGCGAAGAUGCUGGUCGGAUGCCGGCAGACGGAACCGAAACCGGAGCCUACGUCUGGCAAAGGGGCAGAAGAGGUGACAUCCGUGUCCCCCGCCUGUACUGCGAGUGUCUCCGAAACCACGUGCACGUGCUCCGAUCCGGCAGCCGCCGCCAGCGCAGCCGCCGCCAGCGAGAGCAAGCAGUCGGCUACGCUGUCGAAAGACACCAACAUUCUCAGCGUCAACUGCAGCGGCGACCUUCAGUUCGCACCAACAAGGGACGAAGACACUAUGGUCUGUUCAGCAACGGCCGAGGACCUUCAGGGGUGCAACGUCGACAUUCGCGAGCUUCUGUUUGGAGAACCGAAAGACGUCAAGUGGAAACAGUGCGAGGCACAAGAAGAAAAGAGCAUUCCAAAAUGCAAGGCACUGACUAUUCCCCAGGAUAACCUUCCAUUUGUCGACGAGUCCUUUGCUGUGGGGUGUGCCACGGUCAACAACGGCAAGGUAUGCAAAAUCCCCGUGACAAUGAAGGCCAGAGCUAGCGAGACAAACGGUCAGACUGUCACCUGUGCAUAUGGCGCCGACAGCAACACGUCUCGUCAAGCCGUGACUCUCAGUCCAUCCAAGAACAGCUUCACUCUGGUCUGUGGAGACAAGGGAACCGUGUUGCCCACGAACUACGAUACUAAGUUUUGCUACUCGGAUCCAGAUGACACGAGUACGACAUGCGACGGAGACUACGAGUCGAUUCUGCCGGGAUUCGAGAGCAGCUGGUGGAAAAAAGAAAGGCUCACCGCCGCCAACUCGUUCACUUUGUCGAUUCCGGUGGAGAAGUUCCCGAAGGAGCAGGCGAAGAUGGUCGUCGCAUGCCAGCAGGAAAAAGAAGGCUUGGGCAGCAAGACAGUUCAAGGGGAGGCGGCAACAUCCAGUGUGUGUACAGUUGAUGUCACUAUUCAGGCGGGUUCUCCUGCCUCUUUGUCACUGGGCUCGUGGCACUUUUCAUCUUGGCUUCUGGCAUUCGCCGUCGCCUUGGUGAUGGCUCGCGGCGUAUGA